GUAAAUUUUUUUAUCCCGUCGUCUCCGGAGAAGGGGAAAUCCAAAGCCACCUUAUUUUUUGGGUUCCAUUUUCCUUUCUUAAUUAAUUUUUUUGAACAGUGAGAGAGAGAGAGAGAAUGUUAUAUCCCUUGUUGUUCCUCUUUCUUCAUUGCCUUCAUCUUCCUUAUUCUAGUGGUGUCAUUUUCCGAGAUAUACUCUCGAGGUGAACACUAUCCCAAAUCCAUCUGUGUCUCUCCCUCUGUGUUUUUCACUUUCCAAUCCUUUCUCUCUUCUUAUUUUCUCUUCUAAUCCCUCGUUUCUAUCUCUACCUUAUGCCUCUCUUCUUCUUCUUCUUCUUCUUCUGCUAGCUUAGCUUCAUCCCAUAUUCAGAACUGUGUCAAGCUAAUUCCUUUGCUUUCCCUUCUCCUCCGUCUUGAAAGCCAGAUUCUUUUUCCCAUGAGCACAGAAGAAAAGGAACAGCAAGCAGCGAGAGCAAACAAUCUUCCCUCCAGUGCGAGUCCGCACAAACAAACAACAAAAGGAUUGAUAUCAUUGCUGUCAUCAGUCGUCGGCUGUAGCUUGUGAAUUACUAGUGCACUUUGCUUUUCUGUCGGUUUCAUAUCAGAUUUAUUCUUUUCCAUACGAAUAAAAAGCCAAUCCUCUCUCUCUCUCUCUCUUUCUGAUAUAUUAAUCCAUUCUGUAACAAAAGCGCUAGCCACCACAUCCUUCAAGAAAAUAGUCCCUUUAAAAAGAAGAUGCCCAUGGAAGCAGGGAUUUUCAUUGAGCCACCUGCUUCUUCUUCUUCGUCAACCUCAACUCAUCAUCAUCCUCCUGAUCUUUCUCUUCACAUCAGCCUUCCUUCUUCAACCUCUUCUUCUUUGAUUUGCAGCAACAUCAACUAUGAACCACAUCGGCAUCACUACAGUGCUAAUUCUUCUUCUUCAACCUCUAAUUUCUCUUCUUUACUUUCUGUCUCUCACUCUCAUGCCCACACUGAGCUGUCGCUCGGAACCAAUUUCACUUCUGCAACACAAGAACCAGCACCAGCACAACACUACAGCAGAAACAGCAACAAUAGUAAUCAUAAUAAUCAUAACCCUUAUUUUCAGACCCCCCAGUAUUUCCUCCACCACCACCAGAAUCCUAAUAGUGUCAAUAACUAUGGCGUCUCAUUGAUUGAUGUGUCUCAUCCUCCUUCUUCCGACGGUUUGAGACCCAUCAAGGGGAUUCCGGUGUAUCACAACCGUUCCUUCCCUUUCUUGCCGGUGGACCACAACCACAAGGAUCAUCAUCGGCAGCAAACCAAGAUGUGUUUCUAUAAUCCUUCUUUCCCUUCUUCUUCUCCUCCUCCUUCGGCUUCUCCGUACUUGGCGGUGGCUGCCGGGGGGUUGGAUCCUGUGUCGGCGGCGUAUAGGGCGGGGGCCACCGGCAGGUUUAAUGGGAUUUCUGGAGACGCUUUCAAAUCUCAUCAUCAUCAAUUGCACCACCACCACCACCACCACCAGUAUGGGAUGGUUGGGCCAUCUUCACAUGACGCGUCUCCGAGCAGUGGACUCAUGAGAUCCAGAUUCUUGCCUAAGCUUCCCACAAAACGCAGCAUGAGAGCUCCCAGAAUGCGGUGGACCACUACCCUCCAUGCUCGUUUCGUUCACGCCGUCGAGCUCCUCGGCGGUCAUGAAAGAGCGACUCCGAAAUCAGUUCUUGAGCUCAUGGAUGUGAAGGAUCUUACAUUAGCUCAUGUGAAAAGCCACUUACAGAUGUAUCGAACUGUUAAGACCACUGACAAGCCUGCAGCUUCUUCAGGCCAUUCAGAUGGGUCUGGAGAAGACGACAUAUUUGCAGAUCAAAGAGGAAGCAGAACAGAUCGGUCAGUUCAGCAAGAUAUGGAUUACUCCUCUACUACCACUACUCUAUGGAGCAAUUCUUCAAGUAUUAGAGAGCCAUGGCUUCAAAAUAGUACCCAAGACAUUGACAGUCUGAGACCUACGUUGCAGACACAGCCACUAUCAUCAGCAGGGCAUCAAAUUCAGGAGUGUGAUUCUAGGCAUGUGAAGAACAACAUAUCAAGCUCUAAUUUGGAGUGCAAGAACCCAAGUUUAGAGUUUACAUUAGGAAGACCAGAUUGGAAUGGCAAAUGACAAGAGCCCAAUUAAUUAAUUAAUUAAUAAUUUUGACUAUUAAUUAAUGAGUUUAUUAUAUUAAUCCAUAUGAUUGAUCCAUCCAAAUUAUACUAGUCUUAUGUAUGCUUUUCAUCGUCAUCUUUCAUGAAUUACUGAGAGGUGGGUUAACACACACACACACACACACACAUCAAUUGGUUCCAUAAAUUGGAGAAAGAUAAAUUAAAGGGGCCUUAUACAUUUAUAUAGUUAAUUCUUCCUUAAUUACUUUGGUGAUUAAGUUUCUUUUUUUUUUUUUUUUGAAGUCUGUUAUGAUCAUUUCAUGGACAAUUGGGUUGAUUUUUUUAAUCAUAUUUAGUUGAUUAUUUAUUAUUGGAGGCGAAAGAGAGGCAUAAGUUUAUAUAUUUAAUUUACACACACACCCCCCCUGGUCUUCCAUUAAAGGAGGUGGAGGUAAAUGGAAACUUUAUCUUAUUAUCAUUGUGUA